ACAAGUCUCAUUUUCACUCUCCGCAUUAAAAUUCAUACGGAAAGUCACUUGCAUAUUCCGUCUGGAAACCAAUUUAUGGACUUUGAGACAAGUUGCGAAGUUGCAGUAGUGGAAUGCAACAGUGAGGCACGAAUUAAGGAUAAUAGUAAUGGGAAGGGAGAUAGAAAUGGUAAGGAGACAGACCGAGAAAGAGUGGUAGCAGAAGUGCACCGUCCCCAAUCAUUGGAAAUAAGAAAGAUGUUUGGUUGGCAACGGGGGGCUGCGCAUGAAAACAAUCGAAAAUGA